AUGGCAGCGAAGAAGAGAAGCAUCCGACGGCGGAGAUCCAGUAGCAAACGAUCCACAUAUCAACAACGUACUCGACGAAAGAACAGUCUUUUCUUAAAAGCUUUUGAGUAUUGCAACUUGUGUGAAGCAGACAUUGCACUGGUUAUCCGCCUGAAGCACAAUGGCCAGGUCUUCAAAUUCAACUCUAGCAGUCAGUGGCAUCCGUCGCGCGAAGAGUUGGACACGUCGUACCCAAAACCAAGAGAAAUAACUUGGGGCGAGCUAGCUGCUCAAUAUGAGAUGGGGGAGGCCAAGAUGUAA